GGUGCCGCCGGGGCUGCUUUGGCGUCUUGAUCCUCUCCGAGAGCUUAACAGCACCGCAAAGCCCCCCCGAGCGGCUUUCCCCGCUGAGCCGGGCUUAGGCGUGCGGGCUGCGGCUGGGAGCCGGCCCCGCUCCCCCCCCGGGCCGGGGGGUCCGGGCCGAGCCCGCGCCGCGGAAAGGCAGCGCUGCCGCCGGUGAUGCUCGAGGAUGACGGCCCCGGAGGCGAGUUCCCGAGUUCGGAUGCUGCGGAGGGCUGUCAUUUAGAUGUUGAUAUGUAAAGCAAAAUGGCAAAAAUCAACACCCAGCACUCCUACCCUGGUAUGCACAGACUGUCUGUCAGAACUACUGAUGAAGAUAUUGAAAGGAUAGAAAAUGGCUGUAUCAGAGCCCAUUCACUGUGCGAGGAUGCAUCUUCAGAACUGCAGAGAGUCAUUUCUGCUGAGGGAAGACAUGUAUCUGAAUCCCAGACGAGUUCAUUCGCAGGCAGGGGAGCAAUGGCAAGGCUGUCACGAUUUGUCGUAUCUGUGAGGUCAUGGGCCACAAAACAUUUGCACCAUGAAGACCAAAGACCUGAUUCUUUCCUAGAACGUAUCCGAGGGCCAGAGCUUGUAGAGGUAUCCAGCAGGCAAAGUAACAUCCGCUCCUUUCUGGGUAUCCGUGAGCAGCCUGGGGGAGUAAGCAGGAAGAAAAAAGAAAUCCUUGUGAUAGAUCCUUCGAGCAAUAUUUACUACAACUGGCUGACCAUAAUUGCAGCACCCGUGUUCUACAACUGGUGUAUGAUAGUGUGCAGAGCCUGCUUUGAUGAGCUACAAGUCGACUACAUUAAGUUGUGGCUGUUCUUGGAUUAUGGCUCUGAUAUCAUCUAUGUGCUCGACAUGUUUGUCAGAUUCAGAACAGGUUUCCUUGAACAAGGCUUACUAGUUCAAGAUGAAAAGAAAUUACGAGAUCAUUAUACCAAAACUGUCCAGUUCAAACUGGAUGUGCUGUCCCUUCUGCCAACAGACCUGGCAUAUUUGAAGCUUGGUUUGAACUACCCCGAACUGCGAUUUAACCGCCUGCUGAGGAUUCCUCGUCUGUUUGAGUUUUUCGAUCGUACCGAAACCAGGACAAAUUUUCCAAACAUGUUUCGUAUCGGAAAUCUAGUCUUAUACAUUCUUAUCAUCAUCCACUGGAACGCGUGUAUAUACUUUGCAAUUUCGAAGCUCAUCGGAUUUGGAACCGACUCAUGGGUCUACCCCAACGUGUCCAUUCCGGAGUACGGGCGCCUGUCUAGAAAGUACAUUUACAGCCUGUACUGGUCAACGCUCACGCUGACAACCAUUGGCGAGACACCGCCCCCGGUGAAGGAUGGAGAGUAUCUCUUUGUGGUCAUUGACUUCCUGGUGGGUGUGCUGAUCUUUGCUACCAUUGUGGGUAACGUGGGCUCCAUGAUUUCCAACAUGAACGCCUCCAGGGCAGAGUUCCAGGCCAAAGUGGAUUCCAUCAAACAGUACAUGCAUUUCCGAAAAGUGACUAAGGAUUUGGAAGCCAGGGUUAUUAAGUGGUUUGAUUACCUCUGGGCCAACAAGAAAACAGUGGACGAGAAGGAAGUUCUCAAAAAUCUGCCUGACAAGUUAAAGGCUGAAAUUGCCAUCAAUGUCCAUUUGGACACCCUGAAGAAAGUGCGUAUAUUCCAGGACUGUGAAGCUGGACUUCUCAUUGAGCUGGUGCUGAAACUGAAACCUACGGUCUUCAGUCCUGGGGACUACAUCUGCAAAAAGGGAGAUAUUGGGAGAGAAAUGUACAUUAUUAAAGAGGGAAAACUGGCUGUGGUGGCAGACGAUGGAAUAACCCAAUUUGUAGUCCUAAGUGAUGGCAGCUACUUUGGCGAAAUCAGCAUCCUAAAUAUCAAAGGUAGUAAAUCUGGCAACAGGAGGACAGCCAACAUAAGGAGUAUUGGUUAUUCUGAUUUGUUCUGCUUGUCUAAAGAUGAUUUAAUGGAAGCCCUCACAGAAUAUCCGGAAGCCAAAAAGGCUCUGGAAGAGAAAGGGCGACAAAUUCUGAUGAAAGACAAUUUAAUAGAUGAGGAAGCAGCAAAAGCAGGAGCUGACCCAAAAGACUUGGAAGAAAAAAUAGAAAGACUUGAAACAGCUCUGGAUACGCUGCAGACUAGGUUUGCGAGGCUCCUGGCAGAAUACACCUCAUCUCAACAAAAGAUGAAGCAGAGACUUGCCAGAGUAGAAACCCGAGUGAAAAGAUACGGUAGUGGCACUUUAUCACUUGGAGAAGCAGAGGCUGAAAAACCUGAGGAGGAGAAAAAGCAGUAAUGGAGCAUUUAUAUCCCCUCACUUACUGGAGAAGGUUGAAGCGUAUGAAAGUCAUCAAUGUAUGUAAAUAUCUGUGUGCGUACAUAGAGAUGAUUAUUUUUAUAUGACCUCAAAGAGAACGGUUUUUAGCAUUUUUAACCGAAGCGGUAUUUUCUUGUAAAUGAAACACUGUCACCUUCUUCUUAGGGGGAGAUUUGGUCUGGCAUUUGGGUACUUUUUUGUACUGGGAGCAGGUUUCUUAACAAGUCACGCUCAGAACAUCUGUUGUGUAUGGUACACGUACAUCUUGACAUAUUGUCUCUUCCCAUGCAUGUUGUGUUAAGAAGGCAUUGUACUUAUAGUAGAAGGGAUUGUUUGUUUGCCUUUUUUUUUUUUUUUUUUAAGGGCUUAAAAAAUAUUUAUAGGAUACAUGCUCUACCUUGCUACCUUAGUAGCUGAUUAAAUGCAUGGACGCACCCCUGGGCUUCUCCAGAUCUUUCUUCUUUCACAGUGAGGCGUCUGUGCAAGCAGGUGGGCUACAGCUAAGCAGCAGCACGUACCUGGCCUACGCCGUGUAGCCCUGCAGGUGUAUGAAAUAGCCACGCUGCCGGAGGCCUUCGCCUGAAUCUGAUGAGCUGGGCUCUGCACAACGGACCGUGCUGCCAGAGCAGCAGUGCUUAUUCACGUCCUGCCUGGCAUGGUCUGCGACAGCCUUUGCUGCUCUGCAGCUGCUCCUCUUGGGGAUAAAGUGGGAGAUUCCUGGGGGUUUUUUGUAUGUUUUUUUUUUUUUUUAAGCUCGGCCCCAUCCCCACUGGUAAAACCCUCACUUGAAAGGGAGUCCCCGGAAGCUCGCUAGUGAAAGGCAUGUGUGGUAAUCGGGCUUUACUACACCUGGGAAGAGAGAAGAGCCCCUGUACGGAGUCCUGAGUGAAUUCCCUCUCAGCAAUGGGCAGCCCCAGAGGGAGGCUGCUGAGGAAUGGCCUGGGCCGCUUUCUCCCGCGGCAGCAGGGUUUCUGUGAGGCAGGGAGAACAAGCCUUGUGUUGUGAAGUUAUUUCUGCCACUAGGCCUGUGUUUUCUUCCCCUGUAUUUCAUUUAAGGAUGCCUACUCCGUCUCCCUUCGAUACCUACUGCCAGCUGUUCCCCAGAGUAGCUGUCGCACUGCCACGUUCCCCUUGGUGAGGGAAAAUGAAGGCCACAUUUGCUCAGGUCCCACUGACGGCAGCCCAGCUGUGCCGGUUGCGUUUCUGCUUGCUGCAGAGUAGUUGUCUCUGCCAGCGGACUGGCUCCGAGGUGAAUGCACAGGCCUGGUCCGUUCAGCCUGCCGUGACGGUCAGGGCAGAACAGUGUUGUGACGGUUCCUUGCUCUGUCACACUGCAACCUCCGGAGUUGCGUCCUACGCGUGCCCCUUCACCUCCUGCACCCUGCCGCUUGCAGUUCCUGUCCAGGUUUGUCUCCCUCCCACUGAGGGGAUUUCUCUAAUAAUCUCCCGCUGGGGAGAUACUUGCUUUCCUUUUUUUGCUGUACAGUGUUCAUCUGUCUUGUAGCUUUCCCUGUGUUACUUUUAUCUUCCGGUACCUCGCUGACUCCAGAAGAGUAGGGAGUGGCAGAGGCUGUGCAGCAUCUGUGGCGUGGAGGGCUGGAUCCUCCAGCAGCAUUAGGUACGACCACGGGUAGCUCUCUGCCUUUCAGUUGUCCUCAGCCCUGACUUAGGAGCCCUCACAACAUGUGGGAAUAGAUGAUGACCUGCAGGAAAACCGGUAAGAAACCCCCUGAGAAGGGGACGGUUUGACGAGGCGGUAGUGAAAUGGAAAGAGGCAGUUGCUUUGCCAAACCGAGUACAACUGCCUGGGGCAAGCACUCGUCGCUGGGCAAGCCGCUGUCCCCCUCCUAUUGCCCCCUGGUUAGAGAAACAAAUCUGACUGUGAGGGAUGGGGCUUUGCCAGCAACACGGGCAACAAGGGGCCCACCAGGUAGCAGAUGUCUGCAUGUGGCCUAAGACCAAAGUCCUGCUGUCAUCGGCCCGGAAGGCAACUGUACUUGGGUAUCUGCUGUAGGCGGGGCGUUGCCUCUAUUCGCUUCACCUCUCUUCAGUUUGGGAGUUCUGGUCCUUCAGCUGAAUCUUGUCCUUAUUUUCUCCAAGGGCGUGAGACAAAGGGGGGAGGUAAGAGGCCCGCUUUGGCAGGGGGCUGGUGUCCCCGCUCGCACGGGGUGGGGGGGAGCUGCCUAGUUGCGGCUGUUGGCACAGACGGUGCAGUCACCCGCUGCGGUGGCACUUCAACACCCUGUCGGGGGGGGUCCGUACUUGCUGCCACCUUCUCCAUCAGUCACCACUGGCUGUACGUACCCGACUGCCUACCCAACAUCCUACAGCUGUGCCAGCCUACUGGGUAUGUACAAUUAUUAGUUAUGCCUGUUAAAAAAACCUCGCAAACACAAGAAUGCUUCUUUACCGGAUGGAUCAGAACAGCUUAAUCUAUCACUUAUGUACACGUUUGCUCUUCCCUUUUCCAUACCUCUUGGUCUGGUUUUCACAGGGCAGAAAAAAAAAAGCUGUUUUGAUGCUCUUGACUUCAGUCGCUUCGAAAUCUACAGCUUUUGGCAUGAUGAAAUCGCAUCCUUUGACGUCUUUCAUCUCUGUAAGAUGUUUUUUCCCUUUAUUUAAUGUGGCUACAGCAUGUACAUUAAAAUACUCUGAGUAACGUUCAAGCA